AUGAAGGUGUCUUUUGGAAUCCUCGCCUCUGUGCUAGGCGCCUCAAGUUUAGUCGCCUCUGUGCCCACUGAUCAAUCGUCGGCUAGCGAUCUGAUCCUGUCUCUCAACGAAAAAGCCACAUCUGCACUGGAGGAAGCAGAGACACAACCGACCAAGAGAUCAGGACCUAAGAAAUGCACAAUCUUCAACGCUGCUGUGCGCCGCGAUUGGAAGACACUCUCCAAGAAGGACAAGAAAGCUUAUAUCGAUGCUGUGCUUUGUCUGCGUGAGAAGCCCUCGAAAGCCGAUCCUGCCUUUGCACCUGGUGCCCGAAGUAGAUAUGAUGACUUUGUUGCCGUUCAUAUCAACCAAACCUUGAGUAUUCACGGGACUGGCAACUUCUUUACCUGGCAUCGAUACUUCACUUGGGCUUACGAGAAGGCUCUUCAAGAUGAGUGCGGCUACAAGGGGACGCAGCCAUACUGGAAUUGGUUCGAGACCGGUGACUUCGCUACUAACCCCGUCUUUGACGGUUCUGCGACUAGUAUGAGUGGCGACGGCAGCUUUGUCAAGCAUGAGGGAGCUUGGUCCGGCAAACAAAACAUCUUCAUCCCUAGUGGUAAAGGUGGCGGUUGCAUCAAAGACGGUCCUUUCAAAGCAGCUGUCGCUAACCUCGGUCCCCCAAGUCCUGGCAUGGUCGGUAUGGAGGCUACAAAAACGCCUCUUGAAUAUAACCCACGAUGCCUCCGACGUGAUCUGAGCUCCUAUUCCGUCGACCAGUGGCUCAACCUACCCAACCUCCUCAAUAUCACCAUCGGCAAGGCAUCUCAUUCUAUUCAGGCCAUGCAAGACGAAUUCCAAGGCCGGUUCACUGACAAAUUCCUGGGUAUGCAUGCUGCUGGGCAUUUCACUAUGGGGGGUGAUUCGGCAGAUCUCUUUUCUUCGCCCAACGACCCGGUAUUCUUCCUCCAUCAUUCUAUGGUUGACCGAAUCUAUUGGGUCUGGCAGGCUCUGCAUCCUCGACAAGCCAAGGACAUUGCCGGAACAAUUACUAUUCUCAAUCAGCCCCCAAGCAGAGACGCCGUCAAAUCUGAUCCCCUGAAUAUGGGAGUCAAUGCACCUUUGAUCUCUAUCGGCGACGGACUCGACACUCUUGGCGGUUCACCUUUUUGUUACAUUUAUCUAUAA